UCCUCUUCGCCUGCCGUGUCCCGUUUUGUUUCCCCUGCCCCCGGUCUCGUUGCCGUUACACGCUUGUCAGGGUUUUCCAUUGCAGGCCGGCGGGCGGCGUCUGCGGCGGCGGCGGCUGGGCCUCCGUCCUGACGCCCAGCCAUCCGUCCCGGCUGCUCCGGCCUACCCUCGGGCCGCCGCGGGAGGUGACGCCGGGAGCCGGGCCCCCAUCGCUGGGGCACCCACCGAACCGUCCUCGCUAGCUCAGGUGGGAUUUGUUAAAUUUCUGAAAUGACAGAAAGUUGGGUACAACACUUGAAGCACACUUCAGCUCCAGAAUCAGUUUCUACACAUGAAGCAUCAACAGCAAGAAGAUCAAGGCAAAGAAACAUUUUUGAUCUAUUAGCUCAGCGGGAGAUCUCACCUCGAACAAAACACCAAGCUAAAAAUCAGCGGACCAAAGCUCCAAGGUGUGAUGCUGGUUACAAUGAAUUAGAAUUUUGGGUUGCAGAUGCUCAGCAUGAUCUCCAUUAUUGGGCAGAAUCACAGUCUUUGCACUGCUGGUGUGCCAAAUAUUGCCCUCUUUUGCCUGCCUCAAGGGCAACUAUUGCAGCUGCGUUCAGUCCAGAUGGAAGAGUACUUGCAUCCACACAUGGUGACCAUACUGUUAAAAUAACUGACUGUCAAAAUGGGAAAUGUUUGAAAGUAUUGCAAGGGCAUCAGCGCACUCCAUGGGUGGUUAGAUUCCAUCCUCUGCAUUCUAAUAUUCUUGCUAGUGGAAGUUUGGAUUGUGAAGUUCGUCUCUGGGAUGCUAAAACAUCACGCUGCACUAGAGUACUUCGCUUCUAUAGGCCAAUUGCGUCAAUUGCAUUUGAUGCAACGGGGGAGCUUCUGGCAGUUGCAUCAGGUCACAAAUCCAAACACAUGUUUCAGUUGUUCAUAUGGGACUACAAUAAAAGAGGUGAAGCUUUGGACCCUCCCAUGAUACUAAGAACCCGCCGUUCACUAAGAGCUGUGCAGUUUCACCCCCAUGGUGCUCCAUAUCUACUUACAGCAGAGGUUCACAAACGUGAUUCUGAAGAAUCAACAAUGACCCCUGCACUUCUGAACAAUUAUGCCUUCAGAGACAUAUCUCUCCUUGGCAGUUCUGGGGUUGAUAACCUGAUCGGUGAACUACCAUACACACAUAAUUUUGGGCAUGUUGGAGCUUCUUCAUCAGUUCCAGUCAAUGCUGGCAGUUUUGAUGGGUCCAGGCGACAUGAUACCCCACACCAUCAACUAAUGACCUCUGUACCUAGGGUUGGGGGUUCCCUUCUUGGUACUCAUGCUGUCUCAUUUGGUGUUGGGUCAGAGCAAGCUACCUCUCUGCUUGAUAGUGGCACUGAAUUACCUUGUACGGUGAAACUAAGAAUUUGGCGUCACGACAUCAAGGAUCAAUUUAUUUCACUAGAGCCUGGGGCAUGCCUCUUGACAAUUCCUCAUGUCGUACUUUGCAGUGAAAUGGGCACCCAUUUUUCCCCCUGUGGACGAUUUUUGGUUGCUUGUGUUGCAUGUGUUCUGCCACAAAGAGAUGGUGACCAUGAAAGUCAGUUGCAUGAACAUUAUGAUUCUGCUGGAGCUGGAACAUCACCAACUCGUCACACUCUUCCCUCUCGCCAAAUUGUAUUUGAGCUUCGGGUUUAUUCACUUGAGGAGGCAACGUUUGGGACAGUUCUUACAUCUAGAGCAGUAAAGGCUGCUCACUGUUUAACUUCCGUCCAGUUUUCACCUACAUCAGAACACAUACUAUUGGCAUAUGGUCGGCAACAUAACUCACUGUUGAGGACCAUUUUAAUCGAUGGGGAGACCAGAGUUCCUUCGUACAGAGUCUUGGAGGUGUAUAGAGUUUCAGACAUGGAUCUUGUAAGAGUUCUUGCUAGUGUUGGAGAUGAAGUCAAUGUUGCAUGUUUUCAUCCUUCCCCUGGAGCAGGUCUUGUUUAUGGGACUAAGGAAGGGAAGCUUAGGUUUCUUCAACACAAUGGUGCAAGCAUGGGCUUGAAUUCCUCUACUGGGGACAAUAUUCAUGAGAUUUAGAGGCAUGUGCUGUGAAUGUAAUUCUGGGCAUAUUAACUGCAUCUCCGCAUCACAUGCUUAUGCUGCUGAACCUUCUCUUCAUAACUGCUUUUGCAACAUCCUGGAACAGGGACUCUCUCAUUAGGGAUCAGACUCAUUUCUCUCCAAGAGGGCCUAACAGAAAACAUCAUGUCAGCCUCCAAUUACUCUGAUUGACGUGAAGCAUUCUGCAUCUGUAGUUCCAAUUAAAACGGAUGCAUAGGCACAGUGCAUAACCUUGGUGCCGGCAACGAGGGUCUGUUUACGAGUAAACAAAAGAGAAGAAUGGUUUACAGUGUACGGACGUGAGUUAAUUGAUGUGAAAUCUCGCUAUGCGUGUUUUGAAGCCUGGAGAGGCUUUUGGACCCGGCCAGCUUGCCCCUUAAAAGCAACCAAAAACCUGCACCUAGGGAAAUGAAAAAUUGAAUGUUUCUCC